GGUCCUUCACGUGGCACCGAGCUCAGCAUCAAGAUGAGCUGCUGAGGUUAGGGGUUUCUGAACGUAGGUUGGUGUUGUUCAGUGGUUGCUUGGGGGUCUUGGAUUGGAUGUUGCUUCGUUGCCUUGGUUCCGGGGCAGCAGGAUGGCUGGCUGGGCUGGUUUCUCGGAUGAGGAGCUGAAAAGGCUGAAGCAGCUUAAAGAUCCAACUGAACUUCCAGACAGACAGCGGAAACCUCCAUCGACAAACAAAAGCCGACAGCAGCUGCAACGGGAGAGGGCCCUCAAGCAACAGAGGCAGAAACCAUUGCAGGAUGGGGUUUACAUUCUACCUCCAGAACAGCAACUUUCAAGGCCUAGUUACCCUCCAGAACAGCAGUCUAGAUGUGGGCUGCAGCCAGCUACAAGUCAGUCAUGCCCACCUACUGUUGACAUGAUAGUAUUAGAAAAAAAAACAGAUGAGCAGGAUAAUCACAAACUGGGACAGAUGAAGUUACCUGCUACAGAGGAACGUCUUUGUCCUCCGCUGAAGGAAAGACCAGAAGAGGACUCCACCAAGGAAUUGGAGAAAGAGGAAGUGGAAUUAAAGGAGAGAUCUCGGCUGGAGCAGUUGCAGCUGGAACAACGGUUGAUGGAAGAGAAGAAUAAGCGAAAGAAGGCACUUAUUGCAAAAGCAAUAGCUGAACGGUCAAAAAGGACCCAGGCAGAGGCUGUGAAGCUGAAACGGAUCCAGCAGGAGUUGCAGCACCUGGACAGCAUUGUUUCAACGGACAUUGGCAUUCUAAGGGACCGGAUCGAGGAGGCUAGCUGGGAUUAUUCCUGUGCCAUGAAAAGGUUUACAAAGGCUGAAGCAGAGUAUGUUGCAGCAAAACUGAAUCUUCACAAGAAGACUGAGUUGAAGGAACAGCUGACUGAACACCUUUGCACCAUCAUCCAACAAAACGAGCUGCGCAAGGCCAAAAAACUGGAAGAGCUAAUGCAGCAGCUCGAGGUGGAGACGGAUGAGGAAAGGCUUGAGCUGGAGAUCGAAGUUGAAAGGAUGCUGCAACAGCAAGAGGCUGAAGAUGCACAAGCCAAGUUAGGAGGCAGUAGCACAGAGCUACCUCAGGAUGAGCAGAGCUCUACUGCAGAUAUUAAGCCCCAGCAGACAGAGGAUUCAAAGCUAACUGCCGCGGAAACUCCGCCAGAAACUGCCACAACUAACAACUCUUCUUCACAGCAAAUUAAUUGCAGCAAUCAUGAAGUAAAAGAAAAAUGCAAUGAAACCAGUGCUACCUCUAAAAUAUAAAAUACAAUAAACUGUAGUUUGUAUUCAAAAUACUUGGGGGUGGGGGAUUAGACACUAAACUUUACACAUUUUUGUGAAAGAAUCUAUGUUCACUUGGAGAUGUGCAGAUAGUGUUUUUUUAAUAUAUGUAAUACUUUAUUUUACAUCAUGAACAUUUCAUUUUCAUAUGUUGCAGUUCAUAUACCUACUGCUUCUGUCCAGACAUGCUACAGAAAUGCAUGUAUAUGGCUAUAUGCUCCUUUCACAGCCUCCUUUAAUUUUUGAAAUAUGAUUGCAGACAAUCACUGAGGUUUGGAAAGAACUCGUGUCGUGCUGCAUAUUGAGUAUUAACAGUCCACCGGAGUUGCAUCUCUUAACAUGUUAUGUCUUGAUUAGAUAUUAUGACUGCAUUUCUGAGAUAAAGUUUUUGUCUGAAGAAGAA